ACUACCCGAUACUUUCUCACUUAAACCCUGCAGAAACUAAGAACUAAAGUCUUUUCUGAUCAAACCAUCACGUUAGGGUUUUGGAUUCAGUUUAAUGAUCGCAUAUGGCGUUGUUAAGGAGAUUGCAAAGAGUUCGCGCUGUUUAUCAGACGGUUGAGGCACAGGAGUUUUCGCAUCUUACUGGGAGCUCGAGGAGUUACUUCCCUGGUCUUUCUCGUGUUCCUGAACUUUAUAGCCGAAAUUUUUCUUCUUGCUUGUAUAAGAACCAGAAUGCUCUUCCAUGGACACAGAGCAGUACAACGAUGCUUCAUUCUAGGAUGGGUGCUGAGUUGUUGAUUUUCGUGAAUGACAAAAGGUUCUUAGCAGUGCAAGCACAAGCCCAUCCACAAGCGAGACAAAUGAGUGCUCUUAAAGUGUCAAUGUUGAGCCCUGGAUUCAUAUAUGAACCUUAUGCACCUCGUGAAAAAAUCUCAUUUUGGAAGAGGUGGUUCACACGAAGUGGUUGGAAAAGAACAAAAGAGGAUUCCAUUUUGGAGCUUAAAAGUGCUUAUGCAAUUGCUAAAUUGAGGAGAACUGGAUACUCAAAACAAAAGUUCUAUCAAGAGGCUAUAAAUUUAUACAAGGAGAUUAACACUCUACUGGUGAUUGGCGACAAAUCAUCAUUAAGGAAAGCAGUAACCGAGAAUAUGUACUCUGUACUCAAGAAUGAAAUUAAGCAAAGAGAGUCCAUGUGGAGUAAGGUGUACUGGGAAAUGGUUGAACCAGUUGUCAGGAUACGGACUCUGCGGGCUCGUCUGGAAAGUGUCCUUUUCUUUCAUCUUCUUAAAGCUUCAGUCAACAGUAUUGACAUAACUGAAGUUCUCUUACAUUUUACCUAUCUAGCAAUAAUGAAAUCUGGCUAGUUGAAUAAAAGCUGUUCAAAUCCCUGUCUACAAAGUGGCAUUUGGGAGCAGCCAUCCACUUGCUAAAAGUCUUAAACCAGAUCUUAUGCUUGGCUAAAUAAUAACAUUAUAUCUGAGGAUUCCCUAUGUUCAUAAAGUUUCAGCAUUUCACUUUCUUUCCCUUGGCUAACUUCACGUCUUCUUAGGAAUCCAUUAACACCAGAUCCAAGAGUAGGAAAUAUACUAGUGUCUGAACAAUGGAAAAAGGACGUCUACCAUUCACUAACUUUCUGGUCUCUGGUACAUGUGAUCUCUCUUUAUUAUGAGCACUUCUCCCAAUUGCCAUGAAGUCCCCAAUUGUAGAUUAUGAAUUUGGUGAUUUCAUCAUUCAAAGACGUGCCAUACAUCCAGAAUUUUCUUUUGUCGCUAAUAUGAUUCAACAACAAACUAUGGGGACUUUUACCUAAUGAUCGUCUGCUUUGUAAUGCUUGAGAGAUUUUUGGUAAUUAAAAGAGCAUGUUUUAACAUUAUUCAG